CAAAGUUCCUGCUAGCAGUUGUCCUCGAAAAGAAGAUCCGGGCAGAAUAACUGCCGUAAUCCAGAGUAGAAAUUUAAAGGCUUACGCUCUAAGCAGACAGCGAGAAAAUAGAGCAAUGGCGCCACGUCCACAGAGCCCAGAAAUAAAGCCAGAGGAAGACGCAUGCGCCCGGGUGGACGAGACCCCAGGGAGAGAACCCAGUAAGCCGUACGUGAGGCAGAUCUACUGGACCAACGUGGUGGGCAUCGCCGCACUGCACCUGGCCGCCCUCUGGGGGAUUACGUGGACGCCAUUCUAUGCCAAGGUGCUCACCAUCUUAUGGGCGAUCUUCCUGGGCGGCGCAGGUGGGUUCGGAGUGACGGCAGGUGCCCACCGGCUGUGGACUCACCGCGCCUACAAAGCCACGUGGCCUGCCAGGGUCAUCCUUAUGGUCUGCUACUGCAUCGCCGGACAGAACCCGCUGUACGACUGGGUGCGCGACCACCGGGUGCACCACAAGUUCAGCGAGACGGACGCGGACCCGCACAACGCCCGCCGCGGCUUCUUCUUCGCGCACGUGGGCUGGCUCAUGAUGCGCAAGCACCCGGAGGUCGUCCGCCGCGGCAAGCAGAUCGACAUGAGCGACAUCCUCGCCGACCCGGUCGUCCGCUUCCACCAGAAGUACUUUAGGCCACUGAAAUUCAUGCUGUGCUUCUACCUACCUGUGAUGAUCCCUGUGUGGCUGUGGGCUGAAGACUGGUAUCUAUCCUUGGUCGUCAACGCCAUCAUCCGGUAUGCCUGUAGCCUCAACUUCACCUGGCUAGUCAACAGUGCUGCACAUAUCUGGGGCAACAAGCCUUAUGACAGGCGUAUCAGCCCAGUGGAGAACCGUUUGGUGGCAUUUCUAGCAAUGGGUGAGGGGUGGCACAACUACCAUCAUGCCUUCCCCUGGGACUACAAGGCAGCUGAGCUGGGUGCAUACGGCUUCAAUGUUACCACCCUGUUUUUGGACCUCUUCGCACGCCUCGGUAUGGUGUACGACAGAAGAGUGCCUUCUGAGGACCUAGUCCGUCGGACAGCACUGAUGAAUGGCGAUGGUUCUCACCCUGUGUACCGCCAAAAUGAUGUCACUGACUUGUCCCUGCAGAAAGCACCUGCCACAGGUGGUUCAUGAGACUGACCAAGCUUGCAGUGUUGUCAUCUGGCUGCGUUCGAUUUUGGCAUGUGUGAGUUGCGUGAUUCAUGCA